GUGGACUAUAAAACCACCGCCCACUGUCUCUGGUCCAGCCAGUUCUCGGAAGGAAGACGGAAUCCUGAACAGCAGCAUGAGCGACACACUGAGGGAGUCCUUGUUGGUGAAGCUCGGCCAGCUUCAGUGCCACUUCACGUGGGGCCCACAGAUGGACAUCGUCGACCUGGACGAAGUGAAGCAGAAGUUGCAGGAUUCGAUUAUCAUCGGCGGGAAGCACCAAGGCGUGCCGCACAACCAGCUGGCUUACAUCAACUACCUGCAGGGCAACUGCGAAGAAGCUCUCCGUGACUUAGAGGAGGCGGAGAGACGUCUGAGGGAGAUCCACGGGGAUGGAUUUGAGAGGAGGAGCAUCGUCACCCAUGGCAACCGGGCCUGGUUGCAUUAUCACAUGGGGCAACUCAGCGAGGCCCAGUCCUACCUCGACAAGCUGGAGGUGAUGUGUGGCCCCCUCACACAGGGCUCGCACGUCACGGAAAUGGUGCCCGAGGUGUUGGGGGAGAAGGGGUGGUCUUUGCUGAGCUCCCACUCUCAGUUUUACGAGGAGGCGAAGGAAUGUUUCGCCAGGGCUCUGGAGAAAGAUCCCGACAACACGGAGUGGAACAUGGGCUACGCCACCGCUCUCUACCGUCUGGAAUCGAUUUCCGGGAUCCUGAAAAAACCCGAAGUGAGUCAGUCGGUGAGACAGCUGAGACGGGUGCUGGAGCUCGAUCCGGGUGAAUCUGUGGCCAGGGUGAUGCUGGCCCUCAGGCUCCAAGAGUUCCAGCGAGAGGCAGAAGCGAAUGAAUUGGUUGAAGAAGCGUUGCGGACAAGCCCAGAUUCUCCAUUUGUGCUCCGCUAUGCAGCAAAGUUUUACAGGAUACAGCACAAUGUUGAUAAAGCGAUAGAGCUGUUGAAGAAAGCCUUAGAAUUCACUCCGCACUCUUCCUUCUUGCACCAUCAAAUGGGUAUCUGUUACAGGAACAAGCUAUAUUCUCUGCAUAAAAAUCAAUGCAAUGGAGACCCUGGUGUGGAGGCUGAGUUGAUCAACCAUUGCAAGCACCAUUUUGGAACGGCAUUUGAACUGGAGCCAUCGAAUAUAUUUGCAAAGCUGGAUUUUGCCGGGAUCUGCUUAAUGAAUGCGUGGCACGAAAUAUUGUAA